CCUGUUUCGAAGUCUGCAGAGCGAGGUAGGGUCGGAGAGGGGGAGGGGAGGCCUUGAACAACAGAUCCAAAGGGGGGCACCCGGUCCGUCAUCCAGGAAAAAAAAAGCCAGAUCCGCACACCGCGUCUCCACCGCGCCAACAAAGCUCUCGAUGCGAUGCAAGAAGGGAUUAGCCGGCCCGGAGGACCGGCUCGACCGCUCCCAGACGCUGUCUAUCUGUCUGUCCUUCCACCGUUCGGAAUCCCACCGUCCCGGGUCUGCGACCUGCCCUUUCCUCCUCUCCUCUCUCCUCUGUCAUCCCGUUCCACUUUGUGCCCACUCCACUCCACUCCACUCCCCCCUUUCUCGGCCGCCGGUGACGCGACAUCUUUCGACCUCGAGCCACCCCUCCCGCAUACAUGACAACCUUCUGCGUCACUCGCCUCGUAUCAGGGCUUACCAGAUGCCCUGCGCAACACCCUUCGCUCGCACGCUCGCUCAUACCCAGGCUCGCCAUACGCGCACACUUCAAUCAGCAGCAACGGACUAACCUUCCAACCUUCCAUGCAUCCAUCCCAGCAAUCCAUAGCUAGCCGCCGGAACACACCCCUUUUCAGACGCCAAAUCACGCACACACACACACAUACACACGCACACCUACAAAAAAGCGACCGGUGCGACAAAAUCCGCGCGACGCGCCAGAACCCCGACAACCCGGAUACG